UAAGAGGAUGCACACAAAGUGUGACUGAGUUUAGAAACAAACAUAAAGAUUGUAAAUUAGUCAAAGCUGAAGAAUCCACGGGUCACAAUGAAGACUGUGAUGUUUCUGACUCUCCUGGGAUUAUUCCUACAUGACACGACGGCAGUGACUCACUCUCUGCAGUAUUUCUACACGGCAUCGUCUGGAGUCCCAAACUUCCCAGAGUUUGUGGCUGUUGGGAUGGUGGAUGAUUUUCAGAUAGAUUACUAUGACAGUAACAUCAAGAAGGAUGUACCCAAACAGGACUGGAUGAACAAAGUCACAGAAAGAAAAGCAGACUACUGGGAGGGGGAGACUAGGAAGCGUCAGGGUGCCCAGCAGACCUUCAAAGCCAACAUUGACACUGCAAAGCAGCGCUUCAACCAAACUGGAGGUGUCCACAUUAACCAGAGGAUGUACGGCUGUGAGUGGGACGAUGAGACUGGAGAGGUUAAUGGAUAUGAUCAGCAUGGUUAUGAUGGAGAAGACUUCAUUGCUCUGGACAUGAAGACAAUGACAUGGGUCGCUCCUAGACCUCAGGCUGUCAUCACCAAACACAAGUGGGAUAAAGACAAAGCUUUCUUGGCAACUAAACAGAACUACUUCACCACAAUGUGCGUUGCCUGGCUGAAGAAGUAUGUGGACUAUGGAAAGAGCUCUCUGAUGAGAACAGACCUCCCCACAGUGUCUCUCCUCCAGAAGUCUCCCUCCUCUCGGAUCACCUGCCAUGCUACAGGUUUCUACCCCAACAGAGCCGUGAUGUUCUGGAGGAAAGAUGGAGAGGAGCUUCAGGAGGACGUGGACGUUGGGGAGAUCCUCCCCAACCCUGACGGAUCCUUCCAGAUGAGUGCUGACCUGGAACUUCCCUCUGGAGACUGGGAGAAGUACGAUUGUGUGUUUCAGCUGUCUGGUGUGAAGGAGGACAUCGUCACCAGACUGGAGAAAAGAGAGAUCAAAACCAACCACGUGGAUAACACGAUCAUCGGCAUUGGCAUCGCUGUGGGUGUUCUUCUCGUUCUCGCCCUCGCCGGCCUUGGAUACAUGAUUUACAAGAAGAGAGCACCCAAACGCCCUCCAUCUAUCGCCAGCAGCUGUGGUUCAGAACAACCCAUUCUUGAGAAAGACAAAGACAACAGCCUGGACUCAGUAAGUUUCUUUAUUUCAGUCUCCAAUUGAGCUGAUUUUAUUGCU